CUUUGGUUGCAGUCGUCCACUUCUUCCCUUCCCUUCCCUUCCCUUCCCUUCGAUCUUGUCAACACAAUCCAAAUCCAAAUCCCAAUUUCAAAUCAUGAUAUUUGACGUUGCGGCAGUGGACGUGUUUCUGUUCCUGUUCUUGUUCGAGUUUAUGCGACGGCGCAGCGCCCAGAUCGCUGCAUGGGUGCUUGAUAAAGUGCAGCCACAGAGCGAGAGCGCGAGUGAGCGCGAGACGAGCGAGCUGCAGCGACAGGUGGACGAGCUGACCGAGCAGCAACGACCGCUCUCAAUGCAGGACGACUUUGCCAAGUACAUGAAAAUCGAUCGACAGCUGAUUAAACUGAAAAAAGAGCUGCAAACACGUCGUGCUGCUGCCUCGACUGCAGUCAAGUACAACUCCAAGAAGCUGACUUCAGUUGUCUGGUGGGCCGCGUUGGUAUUCCAAGGCUUGUUGAUGUACCGGUACCGAGGGACUGUCAUCUUUUCGUUGCCAUCCUCCUCGGUUUAUCCUCUGGAGCGGCUCAUGGCGUACCGCUCUGGUGGCGAACUAGGCUCAAUCAGUGGAGUGAUCUGGAUUCUCGUUUGCCGGCGAGUAGUCUCCGUCGUUCUCGACCAAAUCUAAUCAAAGCGAGCGGUUCCAAAGCCAGUCACCAGUUGCAACUUUGUGAUAGACAAACAGCAGCACAAAUGGUUUUGCGGGAACAAUGUAUUGUGCAAUGAAAACAAGAACAUUAAUUUUACAGCGCCAGUUUCAAAAGUCGUGUCAACUCCUGGGCUUGUGGGGUACUGUGUGACCAGA